CGCUGGAAGGCAUGCGUGUCAGAUUGGGAUUCAAUGAGUUGGCCCUUGAGCCCUCAAAAUACAGAGUCCAGAUGAUCCAAAUAAAAUAUCAGAUUAAUCCGACCUCCUUAAAUAGCGGAUCCAAAUCGAGAGAUAUUCAACAAGUCACUGUUUGACAUCUUUCUUGCUCGAACACACUACCUGUAGCCAACGCCUCUUUCUCUCUCUCUCUCUCUCUCUUCCCUUAUCGCCUCCCAGAUUGAGAGCCGUCGAGCCCUAAAACUUAAUAGGAUAAGGCGCUAAAAUUUUAACCUAAAACAGCAUAACCAAUUUAAUACUUGUUCGGGCUGUGUCAAGAAGUAAUCGGCAACAAAUGGCACGCUUAUUGGUCUCCUCCUCGGCCUCCUCUCUAAGAUUCAGUUCCUUCGUCUUCUCUCCAAACCCUAGCACCACUCUUGAUUCUCAGAAGUCUUCUCUCCCCUUCGAGCCACUUCAUUCCAGAAAAUUGAGAAAGUUAAGUAGAAGUAGUAGUAGUAGCAGUAGAAAGAAUUUUCAGCUGUCUUCAGCAAAGGCUGUUUACUCUGGUGAGUUUUGGGCACCUGAGAAAAGUUCUCGACGAGGGAUCUGGUCAAUAAGGGAUGAUUUGGAAAUCCCAUCAUCACCUUACUUCCCUGCAAACGCUAACGGGCAAGGUCAAGCACAAGGGCCACCUCCAAUGGUGCAUGAGAGAUUCCAGAGUGUUAUUAGUCAGCUUUUUCAAUACAGAAUUAUACGCUGUGGUGGAGCUGUUGAUGAUGACAUGGCAAACAUUAUUGUUGCUCAGCUUCUCUACCUUGAUGCAGUUGAUCCUAAUAAGGACAUUAUAAUGUACGUAAAUUCUCCAGGAGGAUCAGUUACAGCUGGCAUGGCGAUAUUUGACACAAUGAGGCAUAUCCGACCUGAUGUAUCCACUGUCUGUGUAGGAUUGGCAGCUAGUAUGGGAGCUUUCCUGCUUAGUGCUGGGACAAAAGGGAAAAGAUACAGCUUGCCAAACUCAAGGAUAAUGAUCCAUCAGCCUCUUGGUGGAGCUCAAGGUGGGCAAUCUGACAUAGAUAUCCAGGCAAAUGAAAUGCUGCAUCAUAAGGCAAACCUAAAUGGGUAUCUCGCCUACCACACUGGUCAAAGUCUUGAGAAGAUCAACCAGGAUACGGAUCGUGAUUACUUCAUGAGCGCAAAAGAAGCCACGGACUAUGGGCUUGUUGAUGGUGUCAUCACAAAUCCUCUCAAGGCCCUUCAGCCACUGGCUGCUGCAGCAGAUCAACAAUGACCCGUCUUUUGUGAUCAUGAAUGAAAUAGCGUGUAUUUGCAAAAAAUAGGAAUAUAUAUAUAUAUACACUUUUAGGGUAAAUUAUAAGUUAGUCAUUGAGAUUUAUCAAAAGUUAUAACUUAAUCUCUUUAGAAAUAAUUAAUUUUUUGAGAUUUUGUUUUAUUAAUAAAUUAGUCUUUAUAUUUAA